AUGUCGGUGGUUGCACCCCCAUACCAGCUCCUUGAGAUCAACGUGAUCUCGGCCCAAGACCUGGCCCAAGUGUCGAAAUCCGUUCGGGGCUACGCGGUGGCGUGGCUCCACCCUGAGCGCAAAUUGGCCACCCAAGUGGACCAAGAAGGCCACACCAAUCCCACCUGGAACGAGAAGUUCGUCUUCCGCGUCGACGACAGCUUCCUCAAUUCCGACAACUCCGUCAUCAUGAUCGAGAUCUAUUCCCACGCCUGGCUCCGCCACGUCCUCAUCGGCACCGUCGCCGUCCAACUCACCAACCUCCUCCCUCCCAACCGAAAACCCAAGCUCCGCUUCGUCGCCCUCCAAAUUCGCCGACCCUCCGGCCGCCCGCAAGGGAUUCUCAACAUCGGCGUCAACCUCCUCGACAGCACCAUGCGGAGCAUGCCGCUUUAUUCUGAACUCAGCUCCUCCACUGUCGGCUAUUGGGACAUCAUGGAAUCAUCUAAGAAAAAAAAGAAAUCCGAGGAGGACGACGACAAUACUCACCAUCAUCACUCGCCCUUGGAUUCUAGUCUUUUGACGCUACAACGUUGUCAGAGUGAGAAAAACGACUCCACCGUUAACGAUUACGCCUACCAUGGCAAUGCAAAACAUUACGGUUACGACGGGCAGGAUUCCGAUGUGGGUAUGCGGAAAGGUGCCGUUUUUAACGAAGGCUCGCUUAUUUCCGACGUGGGCCCCUCUCCGUCGGUGGUGGCGGCUGCGAUUGCGAAGGGGCUGUACCCCAUGCCGCCGCCAGCGCCGCGCACGGUGGAGAGCUCCACGAUGGAUGGGUGGUCGGAGAAUAGCGGCACGGAGGGGAUGAAGACGAAGAUUGAGAGGUGGAGGAACGAGCUUACUCCGGCGUAUGAGGACUACGUUGAUGAGCGGAAGGUGUUGAGGCAGACGUCGAAGCGCGUGGGUCGGACGCCGAGGCGGCGCGGGCAGGGCGGUGGGCCGUGUUCGUGUUUCGGGUCGGUGUUUGGGGUUGAGAUUUCGAUUACUUGCGGCGGCGGGAACCGGCGGAAAGGGCGGGGAGGUGACAAGGGUCGUGUAACUAGUGCGUCGUCUGAACUCACUUACGAUGAUUCCUAUAUUUGA